CAAUGAACCUAAUGCGCAAAUUGCGCGGAGCCAGUUCGUCGGCACCUUCGGAUGCUGGCGAGGCCACAGGCGCCUCGUCACAUGUCCAACUGGGGCUCAUGCACUUGAAGAAGCUGUUCGCGGAGUACACCCACCCCCCGCAGCCACUCACUGAUGCCGAAAAAGAUGACAAACUGUACAACAUGCUUCCUCUGUUUUGCAAGGUAUUUGGCACAAGUCCAUCAAAGGAGAUGAAUGAAAAGUUCUGGGAUAUAUUAUCAUUUUGUCAACAAGUGUCGAAGCUCAUGGUAUCAGAGAUUAGGAAGAGAGCAAGUAACCAAAGCACGGAAGCAGCAAGUUGUGCUAUUGCUAAGUUCCUGGAGAUUGAGAAUUCUGAAGAAUCUAGUAAUGGUUGGAUGUUGCUGUCUACUUUGAACCUUUUAGCUGCAGGCGAUCAGUCUCUGAUACAGGUCAUGACCACUGCAUCCAUACCGUCAACACUAGUCAAAUGCUUGUACUUGUUUUUUGAUCUACCUGAAAUACCAGAAUCAGAGGCAGAUGUUCAAGAAACUGGGAGUGACUUCACUCCUAGAGAGAGGAGAAUAUUAUUGCAGAAGAUAUUUGUACAGGUUCUUGUUAGACUAUGUAGCCACCCAUUUCCUUGUGAGGAGCUAGCGAGAAAAGACGACUUAAGCCUACUGUUCUCAGCCAUAACAUCAUGGUGCGCUCCACAUAACAUAAUGUGGCGGAAGUCUGCCGCGGAAGUGCUUAUGACGUUAUCUAGACACGGCCUGACACAAUCUGUAGUGCAAUAUAUACAUAACAAAGGAUGUGUGGCCUUGUGCAUAGAAAAUAUGCAGAGAAUACCUGAAUUGACUCCGUUAGAGGUCGUGGAGAUGUUCGUGGCAGUAUUUUGUUUCCUAAAGGAUUCUAGUGAAGUUAGUCAGUUAUUACUAGAUGAUUUUCGAUCCUGUCAGGGAUAUCUAUUUCUAUCGGAAUUCCUACUCAAGUUGGAGGAAGAACGUGUGAGUGGUACAGAAGCACGAGCAGCCCUCCGCAAUCUAGUACUGAUGAUCUCGUCGCUGUGCGCGUGCGGCUUCUCAGAACUGCGGCCUACGCGAGCGAAUACAGAGCUGUUUCAGCUGCAGGGCUUCGUGCUGCCCCAGCCAUCGGCUACCGGACAGGCCGUGAGAAAUGUACAGGCUUUUCAGGUGUUACAAUCAGUAUUCCUGAAGUCGAAUUCGCCGGCCCUAUGCUGCACAAUUCUAGAUGCUAUAUCGAGCGUUUACCACGCCGACAACGCCAAUUACUUCAUUUUAGAAAACCAGAACACACUCAGUCAGUUUUCGGAAAGAAUCCAUACAAAAAAUGCAGAAAUUCAAGAGAAAUUCUUUGAAUUGCUUGAAUUUAUAGUUUUCCAAUUGAAUUUUGUGCCGUGCAAGGAACUGAUAUCACUGUCUUUGUUACUGAAGGCAAAUAGAUCGAGAAGUUGCAGCAUGUUGUGUAUUAAAACACUUCUUAAUAUUUUAAAGCAUAAUGCAAUAUUCAAAGACGUAUAUCGAGAAGUAGGCAUGCUGGAAGUAUUUGUCACAUGUCUAUCACGGUACGCGGCUUUUCUAAAGGACAAACAAAUCGAAGAGGAAAGAAACAAAAGAGAAUCUUUAAACAACUAUACUGGUUCUCCUAAAGUUCCUGAAAGACGAAAACGAGCUUUACGAGCAGAGUCCUUAAUAAGAGAUCCGAAUGUAGACCAGGAAGAAGAAGAACUGGGUUCUUUAGUAAUGGAAGGGUUAACAGCUCUCUUGAAUAGCAAUUCGAACAAUUGUAACGUAUUUAGAGAUUGCGGUGGCGCGAAAUGCGUUCAUGGAAUGGUUGUAUACGAAACUUGUAGGAGCAAAGCUUUAGGUGUGAUACGAGAAUUAAUAGUUAGUGGUUCGGGCGAGGAAGAUAUGUCAGCUCUAUUAUGUGGCAUGCACGCGGCGCCUAAUGAUGCGUUACGAUUAAAACUACACAUAUUGAAGGCUUUGCUGGCCUGUCUCAGGGACUCGCAUCGAACUAGAACUAUAUUUAGGAAGGUCAGCGGUUUCGUCUACGUCACCAGCGUACUAGCUUCAUUAGAUGGUAAACUAAAUGGCGACGAGCCCAUAGACAAGGAUACGCUGCAACUGAUACACAUUGUCUUUUACACCAUAAGCACGGCUAUGAGAUUUGAGCCUGCCAAUGCUAAGUUUUUUCAUCAUGAGAUAUGCAUGACAACACUGUGCGAAACAAUACGCCUAUUGGGAUGUUUCACCGACGAUAGAGAACUCCUGAAUGAUACAGAAGUCGGCGAUCCGGCGCUCUAUGAAGUAUUUCAUGAGAUAUUCACUGGAAAUAUUUUGGAAAUGACAUUUCCAGAAAGAGUUCCAAUGGUGUUUGUGCAUGCGUGUAUUGUGUUGAGACUACUGUACGAUGUCGUAUUGGACUCGUUUGAUAAACCUACUUUUUGCGGAUCACUCAAUGUAAAAUCUCCGAGUCUCACUAGACAGAGUUCCGCUAUAAAUGAGACAAAGCCAGCAGGGCGAACAGCUCCCUUAAACCUCUCAACGGGGUCAAACAGUGGCGAAGCGUGGGUGGUACACUCAGGUGUAGUGAUCGUGCUUGCAAAGUUAUUACCCGCGUUGCCUCGACCUGCGGAACACGAGAUGUAUGCACGAGCACUGAGGGACUAUCUUGCGCAUGUACUGAAGAGUCUUGUACGAAGUGAACGCAACCAGCAAGUGAUGUGCGGUGCAGGCCUAGCGGGCGUGGUACUACGUGUGGCGGGUGCAGCACUACGGCUCGAACGGCACCCGCUGCACGCGCCCAAUAUGUAUAUGCUCGAACGGUUAGCCGCGCACUCGUUGAGACCCAUUGAACUCAGGGAAUUUCUCCGCAUGGGCAACCCUCUAAACUGCGUAGCGCCGGAGCCCGGGCAAGUCUGCAAGCCUGGCGGUCCCGUUCCACUUACCAGGAUCAAGACUUUGGUCUCCAUGACCACACCCCGAGAUUACAGGUCCCAAAACUCAUGUACGUUGCCACCAUUUGUGGAGUUCGACAUGUCAGCGGAAGGGUUCGGUUGUCUCUACCUGCCAAGCAUCGCGCCACAGUCUGCUAAUCUCAACGCUCUUGGAACACAAGACAAUGCUACGCUGGGCGGAAUUGGUUCAGGCGAUAGAGUAUUCCCGCCACAAACGGGCCUCACAUAUUCAACAUGGAUUUGCGUUGAGAAGUACUCUGACCCUCGCUCAGACCCGCACUGUGUGAGGUUGUUGACCCUUGUGCGGAACAUCAGCAACAGUCGCGAUGAGCAUCUUGUCUGUUUGACCGUUGUGUUGUCAGCAAGGGAUAAGGCUAUUAUAGUUUCUACACAGGAGACCUUAUUGCCGCAUAAUGUAGGCGAAUGGGAGCCGGAAGGGUCAGGCGAAUGCGGCGCGCGCGUCUGGUGCCCUGAUCUUCAGCAUGAGGGGCAGUGGCAUCAUCUCGCUCUUGUGCUCAACAGGGCCGUUCUUAAGAACUCUUCUUUCUCGCUAUAUCUGGAUGGUCAACACAUGCAUUCUGGCAAAUUGCAUUAUGUAAGCGCGAACCCCGGCGGUGGGGCAGCCACUCUGUCGGGGGCGUCAAGUGUUUACUGCGUGAUUGGAACUCCCCCGCAGUGGCGACGAUACUCUCGACUGGUAUGGCGGCAGGGACCUGCUUUGUUACUUGAAGACGUACUCCCAGCACAAACAGUAUCUGUUAUCUACCAGCUAGGUCCUCACUACGUUGGUACACUUCAAGCGCCUUUACCGCCCGGACAGAACCAGGAACCGUUGACCCCUCUAGUCGCCGAAGAGAAGGUUGUUUUCGGCAUAAACGCCCGAGCCAUGUCUCAAUUAACAUUGGCAAAGAUACGCAAAGUGUAUAGCAAGAACGACAAUAAAGCGAUUGCAAAACAGCUGGGUAUGUCGUCUCAUGAAAAUGCGACGCCAAUAAGGAUAUUACAUAAUUCUGCAGGACACCUUAUGGGCCCGGCGAGGUGCCUAGGUGGAACGGUGGUUGGAUAUUUGGGCGUGAGAGUGUUUUGCCCAAAACCUGCUGCUAUUAUGAUCGAUACAGUAGGCGGUUGUUCAGUAUUAUUAGGUUUAAUUGCGAUGGCUCAAGACGUGGAAUGUCUUUACGCGGGCGUGAAGGCCCUUGUCUGUGUAGUACGGUCGAACAAAGCGGCACAGGCUGAAAUGGAUCGCCGAAAAGGAUACCAAACCCUCGCUAUGUUGCUGAAGAGAAAGAAACAAUUAUUGAACUCUCAUAUUUUACACUUGAUAUUUGGAUUGGUUGGCACUGUUGAUAGCCAGAAGGAAACUUCUUCGAUACCUAAUUUGACUGCUUUUCAAGACCUAAUUUGCGAAUUGGAAGUGUGGCUCGGUGCCCCUAGUGGCCUUAUAAAGUCCCUACUCGAACAUUUACUAGAACUUGCUACAGAAACAGCACAUAGAACGCACAAUCUUCGCACAAUGAGAGAAUUGCAACUUGUCCCAAAGCUUCUCUACAUAAUCAAUGACGUUAAAGUCGUUAGCACAAAGAAUGUCCUAAUCCAAUUAUUGGCCGCGCUACUAGGCGGACAGCCACGACCAAGCGAUCUUCUUUGCUUGGGACAAUUCAUGGCAUUUACUCUGCCUUUACCAUCGCAAACAGAGAAAGGUAUAAACCUUAAAGAGAGCGACUGCGAGAAGGAAUGUGAAGGUGAACACAUAAUACUUCGCAACAAAUGCUUCAACGUGUUACACGGGCUACUUUUUACUCCAAGGAAUUUAGUAAACACGAUAGUAUGCGAGGAGAUAUCUCGAGUACUUGGCCUUGAUUGGAUACUUAGCUUUAUGCAGGAAAAUGUGCAUCCAACUACCGUUCUUUGGGCUAUGAGGAUGCUGGUCAUCCUAUGCUCAGGACAGGGGCAGCAAUCAGCUAUUAUGCAAAGGUUUCGUGAAGGCCUUGGUAACGGAGGCUGGUUACGACACACGGAAAUGGUCGCUGCUCAACAACAAGCAGGCGUAGUACUGACUUCGGCGGUUCAAUCGCAAUCGCAUUUGCACACGUCGCUAUUGCACACUUCGGGAUUCAAUUUAUUGGCUUGGCUUGUUCUCUCACACGUGCAGAUACCCGAGUUAUACUAUCUCUUAUUCGGACUAACAUUAGGCCAACCAAUGCGGAACGUAGGUGCGGAGAAAGUGGUUUCAGUUGAAAGAGUAUGGGCGACUGCAUGGGGCGCCGCGGCUCCAUCGAGGCAAUCAUCCGCCGCUCUCGCGGCAAGAAUCACCCUAUGCCCUGAAGCUGUGGUUAUUUUAUUAGGAGCAGUUAGAAGUUUGAUCCAUGCUGAGGCUGGGACUCUACCAGAAUGGUUGAACGAUCAUGCCGUUGCUAUUAUACAGGUUUUGUUCUCCCUGUACAAUACUCUACCGGAUUUCGUAACUAUAAUGAUGACCGCAGAGGUAUUGACUGCGCUCGCGUCUACGCUUUUCCCGCCUAACACCAGCGAUGAUAUUCACAUGCCUAUAUGUGAAAGCGGCGAUAGUUCAGGCGCGUCUACACCUGGGUCUGAAAAGGAAGUGGUCUUAGUUAACAGUGCGGCCACCCUCACUCAACACCCUGUCAGGCAAGGUGUUAUGGACUUCUUACGAGUCAUUGUUUUAGACUCCAUGACACUCAGCUUCUCUGGAAAGGCGACGCCGGUAAUCGACUUAGUUUUGGAUGCGUCGCCUGCAAACUCGACUAGUCAACAACAGAUUGAGUACCAAACCGAAGUACUUACGACUAUGAUGGAAAACUUAUCGAAUACAGAAUUGUUUGGAACGGAGCCGAACAUAUCGAACGUUUGUUAUUUAGCUGCCAGGCUUGUUGACAAAUUAUGGCAAGGACAGCUUUCAAGAGAUCCUCAUGAGGUAUUCGAUUUCAUAGUUAAACUGGUAACACAAGCAAAAAAGAAGUCUUCAGUCAUAUCAUUGGAGGGAUUGCACCAUUGUUUGAACAGAACGAUUCUGUACCUACUGUCACGAUCGACAGACUCCAUAGCGGACCAAAUGUCAGUGCUUGAGGCACUACACAAACUUACGACUAAUAGACUUCUUAUAUUCGGAGCAGGCAACCACGAACUCGAAUUCAUUGGAUGUUUAACAUACUGUCUGCUGCAACUCAGUGCCAACAUGAAGAUCGCGUUGGAUUCGCACAUGCGAACUACAUGGCAUGUGAAUCCUAGCGGCGACCUUGAAUCUAGAGACGACAAACUUACUUCGCACCAAGGGCGCAACCUAAUGGCGGGGGCAGCAAGACGUGUAUGGGAGGAACUUUAUGCGUGCAAGAAACCAGCAAUAGAAGAGGUGUUUAAGAUCACGCUACUACAGCCAGUAGGAAAUGCGCGCGCCCCAGAUUUAGCUGCAGUAAGAGAGCAGCUUAACGAGAGUGCACAUAAGCUAUGGAUUAAUUAUAUUGACACUGAGAGAAAGGCUGCAUACCGCGUACCAUGGGAGCUACACAACCAAAUUCAGUCAAAAAUUCAAAAAGUCACCGGAGGACUGACACGACUGGCGUCAAGGACUAAAGUGAAGAAAGAAGACUCUGCUAAACAAAGGCCACACGUUCCCAGAGAGCACGCACUAGCUUACAUGCAGGAUCAUGUGCAGUUAGUUAGACAAGCAUGGUGCGUACAAUUACAAACGGCAACUAACACAACCUUACACACGACACGUUACGUUCAAGCCGAAUGGGCCGGAGCAUGGCGUGAACUCACACGGGAGCGAGGCCUCUGGGGCCCCCCAAGGGGGUCGCAUCUUGAUAAAUGGGCUUUGGAUUCCACUGAGGGACCUUGUAGAAUGAGAAAAAUGCUGCGACGGAAUCACAUGUUUUAUUUGCAUUAUCCGUACAGACCAGAGUUAGAAAAUCCUGAAAAUAAACAAUUAAAAUACAAAGUCGCACAGAGCCUGGACAGCAAAGAGUAUUACAAAGUGUACCAGCAGUGGCGAACAGCUGGCAACAAUUUGGGCGAAGCGGACUGCGUUGAUCCGUCGGAUUUAGAGGCAUACCACGAGCAAGUUACCAAUCGCAGUAAAGAUAAAGACCCGUCACUAGACAUCAAUAACGAGGAAGGCUCUCCUUCAGACUUAGUCAGCAGCGGUGUCGUCAGUCGUGGUACCAACCAAGCGUCUAGCGAAGCCAAUGAAGAUGGUCCUGACAAUGAAGAAGAAGACGAACAACAACCUCCUGCACCGGACAACCAAACAUUACUAAGACUACUGGAACACCAUGAAAAGAUCUCCCAUAUGUUUCGAUGCGCUAGAAUACAAGGCUUAGACACGACAGAAGGUUUACUUCUCUUUGGACGUGAACACUGCUACGUCAUCGAUGGCUUCACCUUGCUUAAGAACAGAGAAAUAAGAGAUUUGGACUGCUGCCCCGAUGAUUAUGAACCAAUACUCCCUAGUCAAGGAAUACAGAGGAGCAAUCAAAGGCAGUGCUCCAAAUUUUUGUAUGAAGAUAUUCGGGAAGUCCAUAAAAGGAGAUAUCUAUUACAACCAACCGCGUUAGAAGUGUUUUCAAGCGAUGGUAGAAACUAUCUUUUAGCUUUUCCAAGAAAAGUGCGAAAUAAGGUUUAUAGUAGAUUCACAGCGUUGGCUACAGGCAUGGCCGAUAGCGCGGCGGGCUCGGUAGCCGGGCAGAAGCGAGGAGUAGCGGUUGAACAACCGGGUGGGCUACUAGCUACGCUCAUAGGGGAUACUUCUGUUACUCAGCGGUGGCUGCGCGGAGAAAUCUCAAAUUUCCAGUAUCUGAUGCAUUUAAACACCCUCGCUGGGCGAUCGUAUAAUGAUCUCAUGCAAUAUCCCGUAUUCCCUUGGAUUCUGGCUGACUAUGAUUCAUUUGAACUUGAUCUCAACGACCCAGCCACGUUUAGAGAUCUCACAAAACCAAUGGGCGCACAGAGUCCCGAUAGACUGGAACAAUUCAGGAAGAGAUAUAAGGAAUGGGACGACCCCCACGGCGAAACUCCACCAUAUCACUACGGUACUCACUACUCAUCAGCUAUGAUCGUAUGCUCAUACCUCGUGAGAAUGGAGCCCUUUACACAGCAUUUCUUAAGACUCCAAGGCGGACAUUUCGAUCUCGCUGACAGAAUGUUCCACUCGAUAAAAGAAGGCUGGAACUCUGCUUCGAGACACAAUAUGGCGGACGUCAAGGAAUUGAUUCCGGAAUUCUUCUAUCUUCCUGAAUUCCUAGUCAAUUCUAACAAUUUUGACUUAGGUUCAAAGCAGUCAGGAAUAGCACUAGGCGACGUGGUUCUCCCACCAUGGGCGCGCGGUGACUCACGAGAGUUCAUACGUCUCCAUCGCGCAGCGUUAGAAUCGGACUAUGUCUCACACCGGCUACACCACUGGAUUGAUCUUGUCUUUGGUUAUAAGCAACAAGGCCAAGCUGCUGUUGAUGCCUGCAAUGUUUUCCAUCAUCUGUUUUAUGAAGGCAACGUAGAUAUUUAUAAUAUCGAUGAUCCUUUAAAGAAGAACGCCACAAUCGGGUUCAUAAACAACUUUGGUCAAAUACCCAAACAGUUGUUCAAAAAAGCACAUCCUAGCAAGAAAAUGUCGCAACGGAGUUCCACUAUACUAGAUCCCAACAACAUCAUACCGUCGCAAGGAAUCACACCACCGGAAAAAUUGUUCUUUCAUAACUUAGAGAAUUUGCGACCGUCUCUUCAGCCUGUGAAAGAGGUAAAAGGUCCGGUCGGUCAAAUCCUCUACACAGACAAGGCAAUCUUGGCAGUGGAACAGAACAAAGUCCUAAUGCCACCUUCAUACAACAAGUACGUAGCGUGGGGAUUCGCCGAUCAUUCGUUGAGGAUAGGCAACUAUGAUAACGAUAAAGCCGUGUUUGUUUGUGAAAGCGUGUCGCAAGCGUGCGGAGAAAUUGUAACUUGCGUGUGCCCAUCGGAUAAGACAAUCGUUACAGCUGGAACAAGCUCGGUGGUAACAGUAUGGCAGUACUCAUCCCGUCGCCGACGUCUUGGAGUCAAAGUGUGCCUAUAUGGCCACGAGGAAGCCAUCACAUGCCUAGCGGCCAGUCCCGCUUACAACCUCGUUGUAAGUGGUAGUCGGGAUGGGCAAGUGAUUGUGUGGGAUGUGGAGAGGGGCAUUUUUGUACGGCAGCUGACGCCUGAGGCGCCGGGGUUGCCACCGCCAGUUUCUGCAUUGGCUAUUGAUGAUCUUACUGGCGACAUUGCAACAUGCCGCGGCAGUUGGCUGUACGCAUGGUCAAUAAACGGCGACCUGCUCGGUGCAGUCGAUACCGCUGGCGGCCGCACCAGUGGCGGAGGGGGACCCCAACAAGUUCUUUGUGUCGCCUUCAGUCAAACUCGCGAAUGGGACCCUCUGAACGUUAUUAUUACUGGAUCUACUGAUGGUGUUGUUCGGAUGUGGUCAAUAGACUACAUAGUAGAAACAGAUGAGCAAUCCCAAAGUGAGUUAGGGCAGAGUGUAGACGCUCAGAUCACGGAACCAUCCAGUUUAGAGCCAGUCUCUUCACUAGACAUAGAGCAGGACAAAGACACACUGUCGGUACAAGAAAGUGAAGACGCAAAAUCCGAAAGUGAACUUAAGUCUGAGAAUGAAAGUUUAGAUGUGAAAGAAGAGUUGGACUCCGGGAAACGAGAGGCGGCUAUCAAACGAGUGGAGGCGCUUGUCAAGCAAAUGAGCCUUUCUCAAGAUCAGGACGUAGCGGGCAAUCUUGAAAAAUCUGCAUCCGAAAGUUCCCUAUCAGACGCGGGUGAAACAACAAGUGCCAAAGAAACAGCUCGGAGGCACGACGAGAAAGACAUUUGUAGCGACAAUGAAGACAGUCAACAAUACACCAGUCCUAAGGAAGAACCUAUAGACUCCUGUGACGAAGCCAAGCAGGACUAUGACAAUGAUAAGGAUUUGGACACGGAGAAGGAAAUGCAAAAAAGUAAAUUACAAAAGCAAGGGAACGUGGUAUUGCGACGAAAGUCUAAAGGAAAUCCAUUGUAUAGAAAAAGUGGUGGCAGUAUAGGUGAUUCCAGCGAGUCAGGAUCCAUAGAAACAAACACGGGUUUGUCAACCGAGGCGAGUCAAGAAGGCGGACUGCGAACGAGUAAAUCAGAUACUAGCCUUACGGACUCGUUCGUGGUUGUUUCCGCGCCCGCGUCACCGGCGCCGCGUCAUAAACAGAUCGCUAAGGUUGCACCUUCUGCUGAAGUUGAAACAGGUACAAAAUGGAGGCGGCACCUAGUCCUGCGCGGCAAGCUAACAAUGCACACGGCGUAUGAGCGGCGUGACAAUGCAUGUCCGGCCUCGGUCACAGCCGUCGCUGCGGCUAAGAGCGGCCGCGGACUCGCCAUCGGGGACGCACGAGGACGGAUAUUCCGCUGGUCUGCCCCCGAUAUGUCAAGUUCGUCAGGCGCGAAGGGCGGUCCCGCCGAUCAUUGGAUACGUGAUGAUACUGCACCAUAUUGUACUCAAUGCCAAGUGCGUUUCACGGCACUAGAGCGGCGCCACCACUGCCGCGAGUGCGGAUGCGUAUUCUGCGGUCGGUGCUCUCGCUACGAGGCGCCUGUACGUCGUCUACGAGCGUUACGUCCCGUACGCGUGUGCCAGACUUGCUACGACAAUAUACACGGCAAAAAAGAUUAGCUAAUGCCCGCCUUGCACAGCGUGACAGCCGCUGCAAAACUUAUUACCAAGCAACUCACUCAUAAAGUUGCUGACCCUAAAUUGCCUUCAAAUUAAUCGAUUAUACAUCUAUGAGGUCGAUUUUCGCUGUGCAGAGGCGGCUUUAACAGAAAAUAGGACUUUUCUUGAAUAACAAACAUGUAUAAAAAUGAUGUGUAUGAAUAAAGAGUCAGUAUAAGUAUAGCAACCGCCGGUUUAAUAUGAAAAGUAAGAAUGGAUGCACGUCGAUUGAUUUAGAGUACGAAAGAAAUCUCCCCGCACGACGUACCAUUCCUUUCCUAUAUGACAGGCGCACCCUGGGCAACAAUCAGCGAGCACGUUACCCCGAUUGGUAAGGCUCAAUGUACAUUGCGGCGGAACUGAAUGGAAGCGAAUUAUGGUGAAUUGUAACGUACAAACUAGAUACGAGCCAAAAUCUUCCGCGCUCGCACAUUCCGAGGUACAUAAUAGCAAUUGACCAUAAAGUUCAUUAUGCUAUGUACGGUCAACAGCACAUCAGACUACACAUUUUCGUUCGAAGGUCGCCUCCUGUGCAACGGAACAAGAUACGUCAAUGUGUAGCUUGAUGUGCUGGCGUGUGUUCAAUAUCGUUACAAAAA